AUGGAGACUGAUCCACCACAACCCCCAGAAAAUUCGGACCAGGCACAGGCAGUAGUCAGCACCACAACAGAUGAUCAGCAACAGGGUCCAAGACAAGCUCAAGCUAGGUCAUAUGAGUGCACGUUUUGCAAGAGAGGGUUCUCUAAUGCUCAAGCACUUGGAGGACACAUGAAUAUCCAUAGGAAAGACAAAGCCAAGCUCAAACAAGCCUCAAAUUAUCAAAGUUCUAAAACUCAACCUUUGUAUUCUCCAAAUCCAGUUCCUCCAAAUCCAAUCCAGAUAUCAGAAUUCAAGUCAUCAAGUGGUGAAGAGAAUAGGUCAAGGAAGUGGCCUGGGAUUUUUUCUACAGAUCAAGGUACUACUGAUCAUCAUCAUGCAACUUCAAGGGAUGAUCAUGAAACCCAUUUGGGAGGAGGACAGCUGAGGCAGCUUCCAUUGUUUGCUGAAACCGUGUCGUGGAGCGAAAAUCGUGACCAUAAGGGUUUGUCAUCAAGCCAUGAAUUGGGGCCAGAGGUGGAUCUUGAGCUUAGGUUGGGUCAUGAGCCUCAACAAGACUCAUCGACAGCAGGGACGGGUAUAAAGAAGUUCUUUUAA